GCUCUUUUCUGUCCUAUACACACAAACGCAGUGAAACUCCUAACUCUCAACCUGUAGGAUUGCUCUUCAGACGUGGACAUGAAUUACACUGUGUUUCUAGUUACUGUGUUUUUCAGCUGUGCUUUUGGAAUAGACACUGUCCCUUCUUUAAAUGUGACAAAAUAUCUUGGUCGUUGGUAUCAGGUAUAUGCCGACCCGGCAGUGAUGGUAUUUACUGAGCGUAACGCAGUUUGCGUGACAGCAGAUUACUCACUCCGGAAAGAUGGAAAAAUUGGAGUUCUGAACAGACAAAGAGACCGUACACCGACAGGAAAGGGAAAGAGCAUCACUGGUUAUGCUUACAUGACCGACCCUAAAGAACCAGGAAAACUCACACUCCCUCUGGACGGCGUACAUGUCCUCGGUUCAUACUGGGUGGUGAAACUAGGACCCCCUACUUUUGGUGAAGAAGGUCUUUACCAGUACUCUGUUGUCACAGAUAGCAUGCAGAUUAUGCUGUUUGUGUUGACGAGAGAUGUAGAAACAUUUAGAAACCAAUAUGACGAGGAAGUGAAAAGCUUUCUGGCGGAAAAUGGUUUUACUCACUUCUAUAACAAGCCUGUGGUCACAUUACAGGACAAGAAAUGUUUGUACGGAGCCGAAAAACUCUCUCCUUAUCAGACAGUGAAAGAAUUUCUUCGAUAUAAAUAGACAAGUCGGUUGUAGCCUUGAAGAUGAAAAGAGGUCUAGGAAUAAGGAAUCAAAGAUAUGAUUUGAUUUGAUUUGAUUUGAUUUGCUUCGAUACACCAUAUCUCGACUACAAUCCAGAAACGAUGUUACAAAACUCUCGCUUUAAAAUGUUAAAGAGACUCAUAGCCGUGAAACGUCAAAGCUAUCAUUCGAUUAGAUUUCUUUGACUCUAUCACAGCUAUUAAGAAAACCUUUUUUUUAUGUGUUGUAACCAUUGAACCUGGAAAGAGGAAUCGGCAUGAUGGUCAAAUUCUCUAUCACAUAAAAAUCUCGAUUAGACAGACGAUGAAAAGGGAUAGAGGAAAUACAUUGGGAUUUAAUUUGUUAUUAAUUUACUAUACUCUCUUGCAACUGCAGUUGUCGAUGCAAUAAAAUUUCAAAUUUUGA